AGAUUGGUUGCUAGCAGGAAAAGAAAGAAGAUGGAGUCAGUUGAUGUUGCUGCAGCCGGCGGAGUAACAAGGAGUAAGAGAUUGGUUGCUAGGUGGAAAAGAAAGAAGAGGCUCUUAUCUGAUUUUAACAAAGUUAAAGAAGACCUCAAUAAUGCAAUCGAUGGAUUAAAAGAGAGGGUCUUAUCUGAUAUUGACAAAGUUAAAGAAGACCUCAAUAAUGCAAUUGAUGGAGUAAGAGAGAUGGUCUUAUCUGAUGAUGAUGCAGCCGUCGGAGUAACAAGGAGUAAGAUUUUGCUUACGAAACCGAAAUCGGUAGGUAGGAUGGAAACUGCGAAGGCUCGCUUAAAUGAAACAGCCCUCCGUUACGACCCCAACAUAGCAAAAAAGACGGUCUUAUCUGAUGAAGACAAAGGUAAAGAAGACCUCAAUAUAGCAGUCGAUGGAGGAAGAGAGAUGGUCUUAUCUGAUGAUAAGAAAGACGAAGAAGACGUCUUCAAUGGCGCAGUCGACAAAUUGUGUAAGGGUAUUCUGGAUUACAUCUCAUCCCCUACUCCUAUAGUGUUUUCAUAUUUUAUGGAUUUUCCAGAGAAACCCCGCCUUGAUGCUCGAGGCUCCUCUGGGUUUCUGGCAUUUUCCAGACGGUAUAAAUUAAAGUUUGACAAGUUUAUGAAGAGCUAUUCAAGAGUUGGUAUUUACCCUAAAAAAGAUGUGUUGCCGGAUGAUGCUAAAGCUUGCUCAGUUGCAAUGCUUGCGGAUGAAUAUGUUCUCGAACGGUAUAAAAACUUCAAGAGAUUUGACAUUGUUGUGGACCAUUCCGAUCAUCUUUUUUCUAGUUCACCUAUGGAGCAGGCAAGUCGUCGUCACUGA